AUUACCAUUUGAGACCAUUUUCACCUCACAUAACUUGCAUGGAGGCCAUGACAUCUUUCUGCACUCUAUCUCGGCCCAAGAACACUGCAGGCAGCCGCCUCGGCACCACAAUCUGGGCCGCGAAGAUCGCUGGCCUGCUCGUGGUUUCCUCCGCCGCCGCUCUCCUCCUUUCUUACUCCCUCCUUUUCGUCCUCCGGUCGUCCCCUCGCGCCCGCUGGCUCGCCGCCAACCUCAUCAUUUUCGCCGUCUGGAGGCUCUCCGGCGCCACCGCCGCCGCCAGCAACCACCGUCUCGACCACGAGCCGCCGAUACCACCGCCAGCACUGCUCCCUCCUCCCGACAUCGACGGUGCCUGGCACGAUGUCCCGUCCGUCCCCGAGUUCGAGUUCAAGAUGAGAGUUUACUCCUCUUCAGAUCACGUAGAAUCGACAAGAAAAGAGGAUCACGUAGAAUCGACAAGAAGGGCAGAGUACGCAGAGACCGAGAAUGAUGCAGUCGAUGACGCGUCCUUUGACGAUACGUGGGGCGCGAUAGUGCAGAAGAGUGCGGUGGAGCAGGCGAGGAGGCCGGUGCUGACGAAGAGCGAGACGUGGGAGCGGCGGCUGGAAAGGGGGGUGGAGGCGGGGGCGGCAGUGCUGCGGAAGUCGGCGACGUGUAGGGAAGGGAGGAGGGAUGGUAGGAAUUUCGACGAGGCGGCGGUGGGGGUGGAGAGCUUCAUCAAGAAGCACUACGACCACCUCAAGCUCCAGCGACAAGAAUCCGAACUCCGCCGCCGCUUCUCGGAGGAGCUGAUUCUCAAAUCCUCCGCCACCCUCGCCGACCGCGGAGCCACUUAG